AUUGUUUGUAAAAUGUAUUGAUGAAAUGAGCUCAGUAUAGCCAUUUAAGAGGUUCAGACGAACACUGAAUAGUCGUUUCCACUCUAUCAGAAUGAGGGCUCUGUUUGUUGUAUUUUUGGCGGUUUUGUCCUUUGGACAAAGCGUUUAUGGUCAGGAGGACUUCACAGAUGACGCGGUUCUCGAUGAAGGUGGACUGUUGUCUGGAGAGGGGGACAGGAAACUGGAGAGAGAAACCCACCAGACAUCUGUGUCGCAUGAUGACGAUCAACGAAGCAUCAACGAGCUCGCAGACGACACGAUGGAAUUCAACAACUCAAUGACAAAUGACGGACGUCUGACAGACAUCAUAAAACAGAUAACAAAACUGGACACCCAAACAAUGAACCAGCGAACAGGCCGGUCACUUUCACAAGACGUUUGACUUUGGACACAGUAAAGAAUGCCAGGCCCACCGUGCUCUGUGGACCUCUUGGGCUGACAGAUGUAUCUCUUGACGAGUUAAUAAAAUAAUCUACAAUACA